GCAGCGGCCGCCGCCGCCGGUGGCUCUCGGGCCUCACGUCCCGCGCGGCCGUGGUCGCGGCCGCCACCUCCUCUCCUGGCACCGCAGACAACACCCAGCCCCGCCGGCUCUUGCUUCUCCUCAGCCCCGCUUUCUCUGCCCCUCGUCUGCCCGCCGAGGACCGGGCUCGCUGCGGGAGCGGGUGGGGAGCCGGCGCGGCGCUGAGGGGGCGUGCGGGGCCCGGCGGAGCCCGGAGUUGGUCACCGACGGGAGGAAGGUGCCAAAGCUGACCCGGGCUCCAGCCUGCAAGCCGCCGGGGGGAGGACCGAACCCAGCCUCGCCCGACUUCCACCAAUCACGAGCCACCCAGCAGAGGCCGUAGAGCUCCGCGCUCGCGGAGAGGCAGAGCGCACUCGGCAGGAGGCGGGGAUUGCGGAAAAGAAGAGCCAACCGGAGUAGAGAGUCCCCGCCCCUCCACCGUGAUGGACUGCCCCUUUCGGGCCAAUAGGGCAACUCUCAUUUCGAAGAAAGCGGGAUUGGUUCGGUCGGUUUGAAACAGAGCCUGCGCGAAGGGCCUCGGCGGCGCCUCGGCGGCGCGGAGUUCCCGCACCUGGAUCCGGGAGAGCGGGAGGGCGGUCUUUGACCUCCCUGGGGGUCACGUGUGUUCCCUGGGAGCGGAAAGGCCCGGUGAGCUGCUUCCGGGUCACCGGCGAACGCCUCCGCAGCUUGGGGCCAGCUGCUCCGUCUUCUCUGCGACUUUUUCGGUGCGUCUGGUGCGAGGUGGGAGCGAUUUCGGUGAUGAGCUCCCAGAAAGGCAAUGUGGCUCGCUCCAGGCCUCAGAAACACCAGAAUACGUUUAGCUUCAAAAAUGACAAGUUUGAUAAGAGUGUUCAGACCAAGAAAAUUAAUGCAAAACUUCAUGAUGGAGUAUGUCAGCGCUGUAAAGAAGUUCUUGAAUGGAGGGUAAAAUACAGCAAAUAUAAACCAUUAUCAAAGCCUAAAAAGUGCGUUAAAUGUUUACAGAAGACCGUGAAGGAUUCUUACCACAUAAUGUGUAGACCCUGUGCCAGUGACCUCGAAGUUUGUGCAAAAUGUGGAAAGGAAGAAGACAUUGUUGUUCCGUUUAAUAAGGAACCAGAAAAGACAGAAAAUAGUGAAAAUAAUAAAAGAUCCAAUCAUAGAAGAAGCUGCAAGAGGAAAGAAGAAAGUGAUGAUGACUCAGAUUUUGAUAUUGAUUUAGAUGACACAGAUGAUAAUCAAGUGGAUUAAUGUACAUUAAAAGUCAUUCCAGGAAUGUAAAAUUUUGAUCACAUUUUUUGCCUUUGAUGGUGUCACAAAAAGUACUAUGAAAUCCCAAUGAAGAAAUCAGAAAAAGCUAUAGGAAAUAGCCAAAAAUCACAUGAAUAAUAUAAAUUAGACAUGAUAUUUACAUAAUUGUAAAACCUUCCUCCAGAGUUGUUUUAAGACAAAAUUUUAAGUUGCGUAUGCUAGAUACCUGCCAAAAAGCAGAUAAAAUCAAGGUGUCAUACUACGGUUCAUGGGAAUUCCUUAGGAGACUGUCUCAGCCAAUAUCAAAAUAAGAUUCAGAAUUGGUGCUUGUAUAAGAAUUAUCUCAGCUGGGCCUGGUGGUACAUACCUGUAAUCCCAGCACACAUGUAAUCCCAGCACUCGAGAGGCAGAAGCAGGAUGAGUGCUGUCAGUUCAAGGCCAACCUGAACUAUACAUUGAGACCCACUCUCAAAAAACAAAAGCUGUCUAAUGUAAAACUAAGAGACAUCAUUAUAAGUAGCCUUGAAAGGUUAGUGCAUGGACUACAGUCCCAGAAUUUGGGAGCCUGACGCAGGAGGAUUGCUGUGUUCAAGGCCAGCCUGGGCUACAAAGUGAAUUCAGGGACAGCUUGAAUUAUGUAGCGAGACACUAUCUCAAGAAACCAAAAGAAAAAAAUUAGUCCUUUUGGAAAGGAAAAUUAGUCCUUUUGGAACGGAAAGUACCUUUUGGUGACUGCUCUCAACUUUAAAAAAAAAAAAGGUUCACUUAUCCCAGGCCUUUUUACUUACAUUUACUUGUUACAAGUCAAAAGUUUAUUCUUUAAAAAUAAUGUUUAUGACGUGCAUAGCACUUUUUCUCAGCUUUUAUGUUUUUCCUCUUGUGAAAUAUAUAUCCCAAAAGGCCUAGAAUUUCCAUGUGUGGUUAAUAAGUAAUCAUAAAGGACACGCAUGCAUACACGCGGAGCAGAAAGCAUGGCUCCCCGAGGCUCCCUGUCAUACCCUGUGCCCCCUUCCCACACUCCGUGCGGGAUUUGGGUAAUGACUUUAUCAUUUGGUACCUGCGAUUCUACUCCAAACAGCAUACAUUAGUAUUGGCUGAUUUUAACCCUUUCCUAUCCUUUUGUUUUGCAAAACUGCAAACCUGAAGGAAAGUAGCAAGGUAGUAAAGUAAACCUUUUCAUACUAUUUGUCUAAAUCCCCAGUUGUAGUAUUUUAUCAUGUUUUCUUUGUAGCCCCAUAGAUGACUAUUUUACAUACACGACUUAAAGCACUGAUUUUGAAAUUUACAUGAAUAGACUUAUACUAUGUAUACUGUUUUGUCUCUUUUUCAUUUUUAUAACGUCUGAGAUGGUCUAUUUUGUUACAAAA